CUACCAGGCUAAUGCAGCCAAUUGCGGAGCAGCUCCGGUUCCGCUGGAUCCGCGGCGGCUCAGGUUCCUUGUCAUAAAUAGAGCGACGGUUUGUUGAUCUGUCUUUCCCGGGAGUUCAUGAUCCCUCGACCCUGCUAGAAAAAAAAAAGGAGAGGGAUGUCUCUACGCUGCGGGGGCGCCGCCUGCACCGUGGGGCCCCGGGUAUUGGGAAGAUAUUUAUGCAGUCCAUUCCGAACAGUAAGUUCCUUGCCAGAUAAAAAAAAGGAAUUCUUACAAAAUGGACCAGACCUUCAAGAUUUUGUAUCUGGAGAUCUUGCAGACAAGAGCAAGUGGGAUGAAUAUAAAGGAAACUUAAAACGCCAGAAAGGAGAGAGGUUAAGACUACCACCAUGGCUAAAGACAGAGAUUCCCAUGGGGAAAAAUUACAAUAAACUGAAAAAUACAUUGCGGAAUCUGAAUCUUCAUACGGUGUGUGAGGAAGCUCGAUGUCCCAACAUUGGAGAGUGUUGGGGAGGUGGAGAAUAUGCCACCGCCACAGCCACCAUCAUGUUGAUGGGUGACACAUGUACAAGAGGUUGCAGAUUUUGUUCUGUUAAAACUGCAAGAAAUCCGCCUCCACUGGAUGCCAGUGAGCCCUACAAUACUGCAAAGGCAAUUGCAGAGUGGGGUCUGGAUUAUGUUGUCCUGACAUCUGUGGAUCGAGAUGAUAUGCCUGAUGGAGGAGCUGAGCAUUUUGCAAAGACUGUAUCAUACUUAAAGGAAAGGAAUCCAAAAAUUCUUGUGGAAUGUCUCACCCCUGAUUUCCGAGGAGACCUAAAAGCAAUAGAGAAAGUUGCUCUGUCAGGAUUAGAUGUGUAUGCACAUAAUAUAGAAACAGUUCCAGAAUUACAGAGGAAAGUUCGUGAUCCCCGGGCCAAUUUCAGCCAGUCUCUGCGCGUACUGAAACACGCCAAGGAAGUUCGGCCUGAUGUGAUUUCUAAAACCUCUAUCAUGUUGGGUUUAGGUGAAAAUGAUGAGCAAGUAUAUGCAACAAUGAAAGCACUUCGUGAAGCUGAUGUGGACUGUUUGACUUUAGGACAAUAUAUGCAACCAACAAAGCGCCAUCUUAAGGUUGAAGAAUACAUUACUCCUGAAAAGUUCAAAUACUGGGAAAAAGUAGGAAAUGAACUUGGAUUUCAUUAUACUGCAAGUGGCCCUUUGGUGCGUUCUUCAUAUAAAGCAGGUGAAUUUUUCCUGAAAAAUCUAGUGGCUAAAAGAAAAAAGUCCUCUAAAACAUAAUGAGACCUUCAAGAUCACAGGAAUUUUUAAUAUCUGAUUCCAGAUGGUAAUAGAAGUGGUACCAGAAUGCCUAGACUUCAGUGGAUAUACCUCAGUCUCUUUGUUUUAAGAAACAUGUCAAUAGCUGUGCAUAUUUAAAUUAAGUAAUUCACUUGUCUUUUAGCAUAUGUUCUGUGUUCUGUUAAACAAUUGAUUGCUGUGAUGUAAUCAUAAAAUAUCUUUUAAGAGUUUUACUGUUAACAGUAUAAUUAAAAAUACUUGAAAAACUUGGA